UCCCCCAUUCGUGAGAGGGGUCCCUAGGUCCCUAGGUCGGCGACAGGAGCCCCAGGUGUGCGAGGGAGGACUCGGUCCCCACCAUGAGAUGCUCCUCCCCUAUAGCUGGGGCCGGUGGCGGAGGCGCUCACCCGGCGCUGCUCCGCGAGGGGCUCGCCAUCGCACUGUCCCCCCCAGCUCACCGCCCUGCGUACCCCCUGCCUGCCCCGCAGAUGCCAGCGAUCGCCGUGCUCGCGGCGGCCGCCGCGGCGUGGUGCUUCCUGCAGGUGGAGAGCCGGCACCUGGAAGCGCUCGCAGGCGCCGCGGAGCCCAACAACGGCAAUUUCCUAGACAAUGACCAGUGGCUGAGCACCGUCUCCCAGUACGACCGGGACAAGUACUGGAACCGCUUUCGAGACGAUGAUUAUUUCAGAAACUGGAAUCCCAACAAGCCCUUUGACCAAGCCCUGGACCCAUCCAAAGACCCCUGCCUGAAAGUAAAGUGCAGCCCUCACAAGGUGUGUGUGACCCAGGACUACCAGACUGCUCUGUGUGUCAGCCGCAAGCACCUGCUUCCCAGGCAAAAGAAGGGGAAUGUGGCCCACAAACACUGGGUUGGACCUUCGAAUCUGGUCAAGUGCAAGCCCUGCCCUGUGGCACAGUCAGCCAUGGUCUGCGGCUCCGAUGGCCACACCUACACAUCCAAGUGCAAGAUGGAGUUCCACUCUUGUUCUACUGGCAAAAGCCUCAUCACGCUCUGCGAUGGGCCCUGUCCAUGUCUCCCGGAGCCCGAGGCACCGAAACACAAGGCAGAAAAGAACGCCUGCACGGACAAGGAGCUGAGGAGCCUCGCUUCCCGGCUGAAAGACUGGUUUGGAGCCCUUCAUGAGGAUGCAAACAGGGUCAUCAAGCCCACCAGCCCUGAUGCAGCCCAAGGCAGGUUUGACACCAGCAUCCUGCCCAUCUGCAAGGACUCCCUGGGCUGGAUGUUCAACAAGUUGGACAUGAACUACGACCUCCUGCUUGACCCCUCAGAGAUCAAUGCCAUCUACCUGGACAAGUACGAGCCCUGUAUCAAGCCUCUCUUCAACUCCUGUGACUCCUUCAAGGACGGGAAGCUCUCUAACAAUGAGUGGUGCUACUGCUUCCAGAAGCCCGGGGGUCUCCCUUGCCAGAAUGAAAUGAACAGGAUUCAGAAGCUGAGCAAGGGGAAAAGCCUAUUGGGAGCAUUCAUACCUCGGUGUAAUGAGGAGGGCUAUUACAGAGCCACACAGUGCCACGGCAGCACAGGGCAGUGCUGGUGUGUGGACAAGUACGGGAACGAACUGGCUGGCUCCAGGAAACAGGGCGCCGUGAGCUGUGAAGAGGAACAGGAAACCUCGGGAGAUUUCGGCAGUGGCGGCUCUGUGGUCCUGCUAGAUGACCUGGAGGACGAACGGGAGCUGGAACCAAAGGACAGAUUGGGGAAGCUGAGGGUGCAUACCCGGGCAGUGACGGAGGAUGAUGAGGAUGAGGACGACGACAAAGAUGAUGAGGUCGGGUACAUAUGGUAGUCUCCACGAGGACGAGGACAUGAGGUUGGCACAAAAUUGCAAGUCACUUCCUGUUCCUGCAUUUGUAUCUAAGACUCCACGGCACCAAGGUCUGUUCUCCAUUGUCGCUCUCUAUGCCCGACCUCAGGUUUGGAAGACAGCUCCUCGUUCCCAGAGCAUUCUGAUUUUGCAUACGGUUGUGUGGGAAGAAGGGUGUUGUGUUGUGUUAUGUUUUUAGACAGUGGAAUGGCUGGCUGAAUUACAGCCUCCUUCCCUCCCAUGAGACUUUUGCAAUGAGCAUGUGAUUUAUGUGGGAUUCUGGCAGUGCGGGGAGCCCCACCCUGUAAACGUCAAAGACCCUUUCUGGACUACCCACACUGGUGGUUAUCACAGCAUGGUUCCCGGCCUUACGGUGUCUUAAGUGCUUUUCUUGUGUCUUGUAGAUGUCGUGGAAAACACACCACACUGGACUUUAUUCCCUUUGCUCCCCACCACCCCUGCUGUUUAUUAUUAAAAAUUAGUUAUUCACAUCACUGUAUCUGGCUUCCUACAAACAACAGCCUUAAUUCAGUCAAGAAUCCCUUUGGGGAACUGAUUUUCUUUAUUAAAAAUACGGCGUCUGGAUACUUCUCUCUGUACAUGCAUAAAUAUGUAUAUAUGUACAGAAGAGGCUAU